AUGAACGGCUGGACCAACGGGGCUUACUCACUGAUGCAAGACCAGCUGGGCUACAGCCAGCACCCGGGCAUGAGCAGCCCCCAGCUGCAGCAGAUGCACCGCUACGACAUGACGGGGCUGCAGUACAGCCCCAUGAUGUCCACGGCCCAGACCUACAUGAACGCCGCCUCCACCUACAGCAUGUCCCCCGCCGCCUACGGCCAGCAGCCCUCCACGGCCAUGAGCCUGGGCUCCGUGGGCUCCGUGGUGAAAUCCGAGCCCAGCUCGCCGCCUCCAGCCAUCACUUCCCACUCGCAGAGGGCCUGCCUGGGAGACCUGCGGGAUAUGAUCAGCAUGUACCUGCCCCCGGGGGGGGACGCCACAGACCCUUCGGCCCUGCAGGGCAGCCGGUUACACAGCGUCCACCAGCACUACCAGAGUGCCGGGACUGGCGUCAACGGUACCGUACCGCUGACUCACAUAUGAACUUGGCUGCUCCCGACGGCUCCAUCCCUACCCCACCACGGCUCCCCGACCACACCGGCACGUACGGCAGUGUUGCUCGGCUUAGCAGACUUGAUACUAACUUUGGAGAAAUCUUAAAAAGGAAAUCCGUUAGUUGUGUCCUUUUUUUUGUUUUGUACAAACAGAAAAGAUAACUAUUUGCGCAAGCUGUUAUUCUAGUAGGUACUCCUGCCUCCUAGAAGCCGCUGCGAAGUUUUGAAACCUCGGCGGCUUCUUUCCUGGGCUCUGCUAGGUUGGGCACAUUCGCUUAAAAGUUUUAAAAAAAAAUCUUGCAUCUUCCAGUUUGAUUUUUUUAGCGUUGCAAUGACAUAAAGAAACCGGCGGGCUGUUGUUUUUAAACUCAGUUGUUCACGUUGUCGUUG